AUGAUGAACAAAAAGAAAAGCGCCAGUAAUGAUGUUGAAAAGCAGACCCUAGCCAGUGGCGUUGACGAUCCACUGGGAGAUGCGCAUCAUUAUGCACAAUUCGUUUCAUUGCAGGAAUUGCUAAAAGACAAACAUUAUACCCCAUCGGUAGAAAAUUUAGAAAAACUACUGUAUGAUGAAACCAUAUUGAACGAUCAAGAAAUAAGGUUUCCACUAUUGUUUGAGGCCCUUUCGGUUACCUUAUUUACUACGAAAGCGGGGAAAUCGGCUCUACAGAUGAUGAAAGCUUCUACUUUAAAGGAAAGAAAAGCCUGGGAAAAGUCAUUUGAAAACCACGAUUCGAAUUACGCCUCAAUAAUACUAAGUUGGAAAAAGGAUGAUGUCCUUUUCUUAAAAUUUUUGAAAUUUAUACUGGCAAACAAGACGACGCCUUUACAAAUUGACAGAUACAACCUUCCGAAAUAUAAACUCCCGCUAAGCUUUUUGAUUGUUUCUAAGGUUAAUCUACCCUCCAUAAUACUCAAUGAAAAGUAUAACAUGUUAAAAGACUAUUUGUACGCUAUAAGUGGACGUAUAGAAGGUUUUAUAACGUGCAAUUCCACGUUUGAUCAAUCUGCACGUAUAUUCAAGAGAACUUUGCAAGAGUAUGAUAGGAUGAUAGAAUUCCGUAAUUUUUUUUGGUAUUCCUUUAAUGCGGAGAAAACUAUAACUUCUAAACUCAAUAAUAAUAUCAAUCUAUUGAUGGACAGCCAUGAGGAUAAUCCUGAUGGUACUGGUAUCGUUGAUGACACUGGUAAGAGUAAUAACCAUCAGAAACAGCCGAAAGACACAAUAAUACAUCGAACCGUUAAUGAUCAAGAGCAAAUAUAUUCAUUUGAACUAAACCAAGAUGGAACGCUCCAAAUACCUAAUGUUAUGGAGCAUUCUCUACUGAGACACGAACUUCUUUUCAAAAUCUUGAAUCUUACCCCAGUAAUGACACCGCUGUUGGAACAACAAUUUACUACAUUAUGUGGCCUAGUGGAUCCGUUGACACAACCUACCCCAAAUGACAAACACGUUAUAUCUAUAGACUUCCUUUAUCAGCUCUUUCUGGGUUUAAUGUAUCCAUCAAUUGAAACCUCCCAGGAACACAAUAACCAUUAUGAUUGGAAAUUCUAUACGUGUUUUAACAUGCAGAAAAUUAUAGAUGCUACCAUGUUGAGGCUAAAUUGCUUUGGUUUUGAAAAAUUAAACUCAAUAAACAAUACAGAUGACACAGUUCAUUGGAGGACACAACUGCAUAUAUGGUUACCGCACGGUUUAAACACUCAGGAUUUAGAAUUACUUUACAUGAUUGAUAUAUUGGCAGUAUAUACCAUCUACAAGUUAUAUGAAGAGGUGCCCAUACAAUUGAAUCCAUUUCUGUUUUCCUUGUUAUCAUUAUGGAAAAACUUAUCGUGUGUUAUACUUCUGGCUUUGGAAAUCGAUAGAAUAGAAGAAGAGAAAGGUACCUACGAAACGCCGCUUAUGGUUCGUGCCACAAUUCGUGGAGCUGCUGCAUUAAGAUCUGUGAUAGCUACUGUACUCAAUGGACUAGUGAAAAGUAAUGAUCAUGAUUUCAAACACGAGUCAUUAAAUACAUUCAUGUCACCCUAUGGAAGAAAGUUAUGUCACGGCGCAUUAUAUGCCGACUUGAGAUCGCACACUGCAUCUUUACUUGCCCUAGGAGCAAAUAUCGAGGACGUUACUGAUUUGUUUGCUGAUUUGCAAUCGGGUGAUAGAUUUGACGAGGAUAUCAGGUAUAUGUUUGAUUACGAAUGUGAAGAUUAUAAUGAAUCCUUUUCUGACAGCGGUGACGAAGAGCUGGAAGAAGGUGUGAACUCAGGAGAAAAAGCAAAGACUAGUAUCCACAAUGGCUUUUACCAAAGAAGAUGCAAUUGCAUCUUUAAUGAUGAUAAAUUGGUAGCAGAAGACGGAGCAAAUGGGGCAUUUGCAUCUACAAACAAUGAUAGCAUGAAAGACGAGAUGCGGAGUGAUGGAAAUGCAGGAUCGAAUACAGCCGCUACAAACGCCAAUCAUGCUACCUCAUCGAUUAAUCCUUUUUCAGUUAGAUCAAGGAGUACGUUUGAAUUUGACUACAGUGGCGAAGACUGGAGAGAUGUCCCCAAAGAUUUUAAUUUAUACUAUUCGCCAUCUUAUUCAUUCAUCCAGGAACCUAAAUUAGAUAUCAUAUUCAACUUGACUCUACGUGGUGCAACUGAAAAAUUGAGCAGAGAGGAGUCCGUAUUACUGAUACGUUCAGUUGCAUCAUGUGUAAGAAACGAACAGGAUCAGAUGAUUUUAGCUGAUUUGGGGUCCAACUUCACUAGCAUAGGUGAAAACAUCCAAAGCGGGGAUACCGGCAUCACUUCUGACAAAACAAAUGACGAAGAGCUAAGAAGAACAACACCAGACGAUAUUUAUGAAAUAUGGUCUGAAGAAUCUGCAUUUGAAAGGAUGCUAUACGUUAAUCAUGACGUUGCUUGGCGGCUAAUGGACGAAAUGUUGAUGUGUACCGGUUAUAGGAGGAUAUUAAUAUGGUUUCUUACUCAUUUAGAGCUAAAGCACUCAUUGAUAUACUAUGUGUUUGAGCUGAUAAUGGGGUUGCGUGGGAGCCCAUUUUCCGGGGAAGCCAGUGAUCAAGAUAGAAAAGAUGAUAUGAUAUACGAGAUCUUAAAGAAAAAGCAGAAGAACGAGAAUACCUCCGGUCUUCCAUUUUCAAGACAAGGACCGAUUGUGCUGUCUGAUAUUGAAACCAAAAUGCUAUUACAAGAGUUUUUUAUGAACGCAGCCAUUUUCCUAUCAUCAAAAAACACCGAAGAGGAGAGUGAAGACGGUGAUAAGGUUUCUCUAUACUCCCUGGGUUUAGUUAAGCUAAUUUGCUACAUGGUGCAGACACUCAUUGCGAACGACAAGUUUUUUUUCACCAAGUCUGAAUGCACUUUUGAGCUUCAAACUUUACUGAUGACAUGGAUUGGUAUCCUGCCCGAAGCUAAAGAUUUGUUCUUUCAGAUCAAAUCAAGGCUGGCCAUGGAAGAAGAUGACAAUGCUGAUGUUACCGUUCAACAUAAAGAUAAGAAAGACCUUGACUCAAAGAAGUCAAACACAAAGUCAAUUUCUACACUGAACAUGAAAAUAUUGAGCCUAUUUCCUUCUAACCUUACUGACAAAGACGAUAAUUCCGCUAUCAGUACAUUGCGUAGCUUCAUAACUGAUUACUCUUUCGACACGCAGGUGGUGGCUCCGGGGCGAAGAGUGGUGUUUCAUGACGAUAAAAUUUUACCGUUACCAAAGGCUGACAAGCCGAUCCCACUUCACGAAUAUAUAACGCUCGCUGAGCUCGACAUGGGGGAUAGCGAGUGA